AUGGGAGGCGACGUAGUCGUGGGUGGACAUUGGUUGGUCGAAGAAAAAAUCGGAGAGGGGUCUUUCGGUGAGGUCUUUCGAGCCGUGCACACGACAACCAAUGAACGAUAUGCGAUAAAGCGAGAAGUAAUUGACAUCGUUCAUCCUCAACUACCGCAUGAGGCUGAGGUACUCAAGCUACUCAAAGGAGCGAGUUUCAUACCAAAGGUAUAUUGGUUUGGAACAGAAGGCAUAUAUAAUGCCAUGAUUAUUGAUUUGUUUGGGCCCAACCUGAGAUUGCUCCGAAAAGCAUAUGCAAAACUUCCUGUACAUUUCGUGAGUGAUGUGGCUCAGCAAAUGGUAACGAUAUUAGAAUACAUACAUAAACAAGGUGUUGUGUACAGGGACGUUAAGCCCGAUAACUUUCUUCUAGAAAGGAACUUCCCGUUACAAAUAAGCCGACUUGCCGCAUUUGACUCUGAUGAUGAUGCAUCCGAGACUAAACUUAAGGAUCUAAAACUUUUGGUCAGCAGAAAACACCACAUUAAUAUUGUAGAUUUCGGAUUAUCCGCGUUCUAUAUAAAUCAUGAAACUGGAAAGCAUAUCCCAAAGAAUCACCAUUUGACGAAGAAUAAAACUGGAACUGCUCGUUACGCCUCUCUAGGCGUUCAUAGGGGGCUUCAACAUUCUCGUCGUGACGAUAUGGAGUCUCUAGGUUAUGUUUUACUAGAACUAUUACGAGGUGAUCUUCCUUGGGCCGGAGUUACCGCACGUAAUUCCCGUCAAGGGUGGGCAAAGAUGUUAAAGAUAAAAGAGGAAAUUCCAUUGGAUGAACUAUAUGAAGGCUUUCCAAGAGGGUUUAUGCUUUAUCUUCAAUAUGCAAGAAGUUUACAAUACGAUGAAGAACCGGAUUACAGUCGCUUGCGAAAAUUGCUAGCCGAUACGGUUGGAAGCGGGAUGGAAGCCGAAAAAGUGACUAGAGAACCUUUAUUUUUUGAUGAAAUUUGUGAACGUCCUCUUUCUCCACGUCAACGAAGUAUCAGGUCACAAUCUCCGCUGACGAUAAAAUCUCCACGUGGCGGAAAUGAUUACGAUGAUGAAAUUCCUUAUGUUUCACCUCCACCUUCACCUUUUUAUAAAAGAAAGAAUUUUUCAUGGCGCACUAAAAACAAGGAUGAUAUGACUUGUUUUGGUGCACCAGAACGUGCAAAUUCUUUAACCACAUCUCCUAAUACAAAUGCGACUCAAACAUAUCAAAAAUUCGGCACUGUAUCCCCACGUUCUUUCUCGUUACCUUACCGUGACCCUGGUUACACUGACAAUAGUUAUCACCCUAAUGGUCGAGAUGAACGACGUGGAAAACGUCCUGAAAAUAUCAGAAAGUCUUCAUAUAGUCGAAGACCUUCCGUGAAAACUACUUGGAACAUUGUUAAAGAUUCGAAUGCUCAAUGGGAACAAGAGGUUCAAAAAUAUGAAAAUGCUUGGAAAAAUGGUCAAUCUUGGAAUGAUAAUAAUUUCGAUAGCCAAGAUAUUAAUUCUGUUCCCUCAACUCCGAUUAAUGAGUACGGUUUUUGGAUUGACAAUGCUGAUCAAGAAUUUUCAGGCUUUGAUGGUGGAUUGGUUGGUGAUACUGAUGGUUGGAUAAAUCAUGUUAAUGAUGAGAACAUUUAUAUGACAGAAAAAUCGUCUAAACAUAGGACUCAAGUUAUUCGUAAUGGUGCUGAUGGAAAUCAAAAUAAUCAAGAUUAUUUCGAUUUGGAACGAACUCGAGCCAAUUCUAUAAAAGGAACUCGUGAUUUGCGAGAUAUACAAAGUAGAAGACCUUCAAUCCCUUCUCCUUUAUCAAUUGCUAUUCCAUCAAAUAAUAUACAAUCUCAAAAUGUUGCUUCUCCAAAUAAAAAAUUUGAUAUUCCACAAUAUGAGGAUGAAACAGAUGAAAAUGUUCCCCUAGGUCCUAGACGAAGUAUUCCUAAUAUUCGUCCAAAUUCUUUAGCUUCCAAAUUCCUCAAACGGAGUGUUCCAAAUCUUCGAGAUGCUGCUGGUAGUGGUCAUACGGUUCCUCCACCAUCAUCUACUAUUAAAAGAACUAUUGCUCAUAUGCAAGAUACACAAUUAGCAACAACUCAAGGAACAAGAAAAUCUAUUCCUACAGGCGGUAAUAAUGCCCGUUAUGGUUAUGUUACAAAAGAAUCUCCAACUAAUACGAACCAUUCUUCACGAGAUGAUAAAGAUAAUAAUACCACUACGAGCCAAAAUUAUAGAUAUUCACCACAAGAUGCUCGAUAUUCUCCUCAAGAUACAAGAUUUCCUUCAGGUCGAGAUGGAAUUAGAAACCGUGAACGUGCUAAUACUUUUAGUUAUAAUAAUAAAGAUUCUCGUUUAGUACCUAUUCCUCAAACGAUUCCUCCACGUCAAGGCAAUAGAAUAUUUAAUAGAGAACGUUCUUAUACAUUCACCAGUGGAAAUUCUCCAGUUAGUCCUAAUACACCUUAUCCAUUUGAUACACCUUCUCCACCACAUUAUCAUACGAACGGUAGAAGGGAAAGGUCUUACACUUUCACAGAUGGUGGAAGAUAUAGAGACAAUAAUUUCAAUACUGGAAAGAAUGUAUAUGAUCGGCAUCGCCCUCCUACUUUUGGACGUAAUUUUGGACAACAAAAUUUCGGUUCUGAAAGAAAUGGAAAUAAUAAUACCUCAAGAUCACAAAUUAAUAGUCAUUCACCGGUUGAACAAAAGGAUAGCUUGAGCCCUGGAAAAAUUCAAGGGGAAAAUUUUCCUCCACGUGCCAAGUCCGCAUCUCCUUCAUAUUUUCAUAGAAGAAAUAAUUCCAACGAAUCAGAGUCCGUGGAUUCUAAAAAGACCGGCCAAUCUUUAAAUAUUACAGCAAAUUCGUCUUCGACUGAAAGUUCUACUUCUCCUUAA